AUGGUUUUGAACGAUGUGCCGGGUUUGGAGCCGCUGGUGUCGGCUUCCUCAAAGCAAUACCUUCAAGCCAGCGCUCUUGAAGACGGAGUGGAGGAGCCAGACAGUCAUGUCAUGCUCCUCUCUGGCUCUGCUUUCGUCGCCUUGCUGCGCCGCUCUCGUGUCCAGCGCCGCGCGCUUGCUGCUCGGAAGGCGGCACCACCUGCAGUGGCGCCUCCGGUAGCUUCCACGGCGUCCACGCCGGUGGAACUCUCUUCUGAACUGCGGUCCUUCCUCGAGACGCCCGGAACCACUUCCGGAGCAGGACAUGCAGCACCUGGCAAGGGAGGAAAUGCAUCGAUCGAAGGUAUCUAUCGUGCAGAGGCCGUCUGGCAGAAGCUGAAGUCUCGCGCCUUACAGAAGACGCGCGGCGAGACGCUCGAGGAGCCGCCACAGGUGGUCCAAAGACUCUGCGGACCCUUGGAAGGGAGAGCUUCCGGCUCCCACGUGACGGCGCCGGUGCACAAGGAAAACGCGGAUGCGAAGGUGUAUGAUGUGGUGGUUUGUGGUGGCACGCUGGGAAUCCUUGUGGCAAGGUCUCUUCAGAACCGGGGCUUUUCAGUGUGCAUCGUGGAGCGGGGUGUGGUGCAGGGGCGGGACCAGGAAUGGAAUGUGAGCCCUGAGGAGUUGAAGCCCUUGGUGAAGCAGCAGAUUGUGAGUCAAAAGGAGGUGGAGCAAUCGAUCCAGUCCUCCUGGCCCAAGUCACGAGUUGGCUUCGAGGGCUCGACGGCAGUGGACUUUGAGGCAGGCGCCUUGAAUUGCGGCCUCUCGCCCCGACGCUUGGUGGCCUUCGCCCGGCAACGCUUCGAAGAGCAGGGCGGCACGGUGCUGGAACAGGCGAGUCUCCAAGCCUUGGAGGUCUACGAUGACCAGGUGCUCCUGCAAUUGCAAGGGGAUCUGCCACCGAUUCGUGGGCGCCUGGUUGUAGAUGCGAUGGGCUCCGGGUCACCCAUCGUUGCACAAGCGCGGAAGGGAGCGCCCCCAGACGCAGCUUGCCUGGUGGUGGGGACCAUGGCAAGUGGUUAUCCCAAGGAGGGCAACAAAGGGGGUGACUACUUGUACUCUCAAAAACCCAGCUCUGCUGGCAGCUCUUCUGACUCCAUUGGCCAAGCCUUUUGGGAAGCCUUUCCAUCUGCGAACGGCGGGGCCGAUGGCAGCGAUCGGACCACCUACUUCUUUACCUAUUGUUUGCCAGGCUUAGAGGAUCUGCCUUCCAUCCCGAAGGUCUUUGAGAAGUAUGUCGAAGCUCUACCUCAGUAUCAAGGUGUGUCGCUGGAGCAGUUGAAAGUUCAGAGAGCCCUUUGUGCGAGCUUCGUGGCCUAUCGAGAGUCUCCCUUGCAAACACCUUUCGACCGCAUCCUGCAAGUGGGCGAUGCCGCCGGCAUUCAAUCGCCCCUCUCCUUCGGCGGAUUCGGCGCGUUGUGUCGACACCUGCCACGCCUGGAGACUGCGAUCUCGGAAGCCUUGGAACAGGACCUGCUGACAGCUGAGGACUUAAGUCAGAUCAACCCCUACCUGCCGAACCUGGCCAUGCAGUGGUCCAUGUAUCGCUCCAUCGCGCAACCGCCCGAGAAUGAGCCCGAGUUCGUGAAUCGCAUGAUGGGGGGCAUCUUGAGCGCGGCCGAGCGAUGUGGCACCAACGUGAUGAUGCCCAUUCUUCAGGAGAAGCGAGAAAAUGUUCUUUCUGCCCUGGGACAUCUCAGCGGCCUGGCCUUCUACACCGUCCUCUCCUCGCUGGAGCCGGUCAUCUCCACUGUGCUGCGCAUCGACGACGCCACGGCCAUGCCGCCGCGCGAGCGUUUCGCGUGGCGCCGGAGGUUUGAGGCUUGGAAGUAUGGCAGUGGCCUAGACUAUGAGAGUCACCAGUGA